CUGGGAUCGGUGUCCUUAAUCCCAUUCGCUGUUAAGACCCGCCCACGUAUCUGAUUGGCGGUUCGCUCUGUCCAACGAGAAGGCGACCUCCUUGUCCGGCCUCUUUGCUCUCCUCCUCCUCCCUGUCCUACUUUGGCUGUUCUGUUCCGCUAGUUUGUCUUCAGCCUGUCCUGGGAGCAGAUAAACAACUCGACAAAGUCCCAGUCAUGGAAGACGACAACAUAAUAAUGGCGGUUUAACUGUGGGACUUCUUCCAAGAUGCCAGGCCUUUUGUCCAGUCCUGUGUGUCUGACAGUCAUCUGGUUUUUAUCUUGGAUGCUGGAUCCCAGUCCUGCUCAGGUUUUGGCUGAUGAAGUGUCAGAUGUGCAGUAUGGGCAGUUGAAGUCAAAUGUGACACUGGCGUGUGGAAAGUCACAAGUUAGGAUACCUGUGGAGUGGCACCAUAACCAGACCUCAGCUUUGCCGUGGCACACUGUGACACCAGAUGGAGCUUUAGUCCUGCUGCACGUUGGCCUAUCAGCACAGGGCGAGUACACCUGCUAUGACAACCAUGGGCUCCUCCUCCACACCGUCAAACUCAGGCUAGGCUAUCCUCCGGGGCUGCUGAAUGUUAACUGUCGAGUGCCCAGUCACUGGCACGUUCGCUGCUCCUGGGUGGAAUCGGUAAACACCUUCCUGCCAGCAGAGUAUAACGCCUCAUUCAGAGCCAGUCGCCAGGUGUGGAAGCCAUGCAUGGUGGAUGCUGCCCGCAAAUACUGUGAUAUCAAUCAUCCUAAUUACUGGCAGAUGAUGCACCAUCUUAAAAUCACUGAGACGAAUGCCCUGGGAUCCCAGUCUACGAUCGUAACAUUAAAGCUACAUCUCCUGUUGAAACCAGACCCUCCUGAGUCAGUUUUGGUGGAGGAGGUUGAAGGUUACCUCAGGGUGCUGGUCUUGUGGAGUCCUCCUGCAUCGUGGCCGGUAGGCGAUGCUUUCCCACUGGCCUUUGAGGUCAGAUACAAAGCUCAGGACUCCAUGUACUGGUUACAGCAUAAUUCUACUACUGGUUCAGUCACGAUAUAUGACGCCCUGGCCGGACAUGUCCACCAAGUUCAGGUUCGAGCUCGGGACGAAUUUAACGCCGAGAGUCAGUGGAGUGAAUGGAGUCCCCUGCAUCAUGGUCGUACCCUGGGAGUUUCCACGACCACUGAACCCACAGAAGAGCUCCUGCCAGACGAAAUGUAUCAAGACCAUUCCCUUAAAGGCGACACGCAGCCUGUAGCCUCCACUGCAAAACCUGACAUUGACCAUGAAGGUAAUUUGGGUUUGGUGAUUGUGUUGGUUUUGUUCUCCGUGGUCAUCCUCGCCACCAUCGUUUCUCUCGUCUUUGCUGUGUGGGUGAGGCAAAGGCGCCGUGAUCAUGUGACUAAACAGGAACUUACAUCCAUCGUCAAAAUGAAGCCGCUGCCAAUCUAAUGAUCUUCUCCUCAUCGGCCCGUUGUGGGGCUCCAUCAGGGAUCAUCCCCUGCCUUCUCCCUGCAACAUGCUGUCCGUCCAUCAUAAAGUGCAUUAAACAAGAAUGCACCAUCAGAAUCCAGGAUCCAGGACAAGUCUUCACAGGAAAUUUUGAGUAAAGUUAUCCACUGGCUGACGGGUAAAUUUUGCAGACAUGGAUUUUCCCGGACAUGCAUUAUAUUUCGUUUUCAUGUCGAGCUCCACUACCCAUAGUGCAUCAGCUGGUUCACCUGAGUCCACGUGUGAAGAUCAACUCGAUGGACUGACUGCAGGUUGCUCGAUAUCAUCAGCAGAAAAGAAGAGCAACAUCCAGAGCAUUUGAGUUCACUCACCAAUAAAUGCUGCUUCAGGAAGAUUGAAUCCUUCACCUUAUUUUUUCUUUGAAACUUCAGCCUACAAAUACGAAAAGAAGGUGCAGCUGUCAAACAGGAAAAGACAAAAACUGUCUUUGAGGAGGGAAGGUUUCUGUGACAUGAUUCUCUUCCCUCAAUUGAAACUCUUUUUUUUUUUUUUUUUUUUUUUUCUUGGAGUGUCUUCAUGAGAAGAGACUGUCGUACGCAUUAUUACAUCGACUCAUCGAUUGACUCAACGCUGUGAAGGAAGCAUAAUUUUUGCCAGUCAUUUUCUCUAGCUCUCUCUCUCUCUCUGUGUGUGUGUGUGUGUGCAUCUGAUGCCAAAGCAGCAGAUACGGGCAUUACGGUUUUGCUCCUGACCUCCAAGGUCGAUGUGGAUUGGUUGCCUUUGGUUAUAUCGGUUAUAUAUUUUAUAUACUGGUUCUAUGCUGACGAUAUGCAUGAUUUGGUGUCUUUUAUUUUUAGGUAUACCUCUUUCUGUCCAUCCACAAUUGCUGAAUGUGAUAUGAGAUGAUCCAUUAACAAGCCACCAGCAUCAUAACGGCACAUUGUUUACUCACGUUAAAGUAGAUAAUCACCCGCUGACAACUUCCUCAGGUUAGGUUUGAAAAUGUACAUCUGAUUAGAGAUUAAACAGUGCCUAUGCGUUCAGAUAUAUUCCAGCCAUAUUUCUGAAAAAUAAUCCAAAGAAAUUUAAAUCAGAAUGCCAUACUUUUGUAUAGAUUUUUCCUGCAGUAUAUAUAUUUUCAUGUACACACUAAGAGGGAAACUACUUCCUCAGUAUUGAGUCUUUCGUGUUCCAUACGCUAACAUUUCAGUAACAAAGCGUCAUUAAUGUCAAUGUAAUUUGCUGAAAUAUUGAUUAGGUAAACACGUACUCAUUGAUGGCUAAUCACAAACCUUGUGAACGCUGCUCACACUUAAUGAAAGAAAACAAGAUGGAGACAGUUAGCAGAGCUAGCUGUGAUGCACAACUGUAAUGUAUGAAAUCCUGCUCUGCUGGAUGUUCCAAAGACACUUUGUUUGUAGUCGUUUGUAAGAUGAUGCUGAAUAGUGCAGUUACAUUCCUUCAAGCAGUCGUUUAGUUUUUAUGUGGAUAGUGUACAUGCUGGUCAAAAAUAGUGUUUACGUUCAGGUAAUUGAGGGUGAGAGAAGCACAGAUUAAAUUGAACAGUUGUAGAUACGUGGUUUUAAUCAGUUCAAAUAUCAGCGAGUGAUGAACCCUGACUCAUUUUUCUGUCGGAAAUCACAUCAUCAGACUGUAGAAACACUCACUAGAAUAGGCUAGUGUACACAUAAUAGCUAACAGUCUGUAUAAGUUAACCGAGACUACACAUUAAUCAGUGACUACACACCAGUCGUGUCAGCUGGGUGAUCCCUAUAUGUUGGAUGAACUCUGCAUGUCAGUUGGUAUAUCACAAUAAGCCAGUCGGUCAAUCGCAGCUCAUAAAUUGAUUGAGCCCUGUAGACGGUGUCACACCAUGACUGAUAAAGCAAAUGGAUUAGUUACGUGCAUAAAUUUUUUGCCGGUUGGCAAGAUCACAUAAUCUGCUGGUCUACCAUGGAUUUGGAGCCUGAUGGAUGGGAUGACAUCACAUUUUCCAGUUGACAAAAUGGAGAGUUGCAUUCAGCAGAAAACAGAUUUGUAAAUUUGUAUCAACUCCUCAUACGUUUUUUUGAUCAGUCGUGGUGUGACUCGGCCCUAUGCAUCUGUCAGUUGAUUGUGAAGUAUCAAUCGCAACAUGUCAAGGGAUCAUUCCUAUGCACAGUCAGCACGAGGUGCCUGAGCAGAGUCUUUAGAUGGGAGAAAUGGUGAUCCCGAGCAGGGGGCAGUGAUGAAAAAUUUGGGAAAAUGAAGUGAACUGGGUGAUGGGUGGUAUGUUUGCACUGGUUCAGUUUUACCAGGUAAUGGUACUCGUCUUACCCGAUAACAAAUGGCCUGUUGACUGCGGAAUUAGCAAAACUCUUUAUUUUUUUGCAUUCAAGUGACUGUAAGUUCUUACAGAAUCUGUUUCAGGGAGCCGAAGUGUGAAUUAAGGAUUUGAAAAAGACUUUAUGCUUAAUGUGAACAUUAACACCUCGUCUAGAGAAAUUGUGUUCAGACAGUAAAGGUUAAUAACGACCUCUGAUGGUGGGUUUGUUUUCCUCAGUGUCAGUCUGCUGGCUUGUUAGUUGAAUUUAAAUGUUUCCAACCACCUUACACAAACGUGGGGAAAGAUUGAACAGAGUAAGAAGCAAACAUUUGUUGGUAAUAAGGAUUAAAUUUUGUCUGUUGGUCUGUGUUCAGUCACACGGUUCUGCCACGGGAUGACGGGACACCGCUUAAACUGCGAUUUUACUAUGUCUCUGUUUUCAAACCAUUUAAAAUUCAGUGUUUCGCUCCCGUGGAGAAUAAAAUGGAGCAUCUGGAAUUUACAUGUGAGCUGUUAAGGCUAAAGCGCUGACACAGCGCCACUUUAGCUUUUGUUAAAAUUACGUAAGAAAGAAAGAAGCAUAAAUCAGCCUUAAAAAUCUUUCGGUGGUCACAGUACCCCUGGUGGUUCCAUCUGGUUUUUGUUGUUUUGUUUUCUACUUUGCGUUGGUUCGAUGAUUUGAUUCAGUGGUGUGCAGUUAUCACUCGGGUGUUUGUUGUUGAUAUCUGCAACACGUGUGUCUGAUCAAGGUUUUUUUUAUGUUCUCAAGCUAGCUUAUAAUAUUAUGCAUGGAUCCAGUCAAAGCUUUUUGUAUCAUACUGUAUAUUACUUUUGAGAAAGUCUAUUUCAUAUAUGUUGUUGUUAUGAGUCAUGUUUAACGAGAGAAAAAAUUCUUUGACAGUUUUACAGACAUUUUUAGGCUAAGUCGUUAAAAUAAUGUUCAUUUGUGAAAGUCGGUCUUGGAAUUCGCAGUUUUGCAGUUUUUCCACAUAUAUUUUGUAAAAUGUACAGUUCUCUGCAAAUUUAACAAAGAUCAAAGAAUCCAGUGUAAGAAAAUCAGCAGGCUUUGUGUGGACACUUAAUUUAUUGGUCUGGAAAAUCUUUUCUUUGACAUAGUAUAAUGUAAAAUUCCAGAAAACGGAGAAAGCCAAUAAUUCACGCUUCACACUGCUUCUUUUCUUAUAACUGUAAAGUGAUGCAAAACCGAGGAAAACUAAAUUAUAACAGUUUUUAUGAGACCAAAAUGAAUUGAUGAGGAAUCAGGUGAACAACUGAUCGUUUUAUCAGCCAGUAUUGUUUUUGCUAUAUUGCCGUAGUCGAGCUCCAUACAACUAAUUUAAUUGCGAAACUUAGAAAAUAAAUGGAAUGAAAGCAAAAUUAUACACACACACACUCACACACACACACAUAUAUAUAUAUAGACAUAGAUAUUGAUAUAGAUUUUAUCAUUAAAUAAAAUUCGACUGAUAUUUUAGAAUUAUAUCACACAAAAUAUUUAAAAAUUAAAAUGAGGUAAACAAGUGUUUUUUUUGUUUGUUUGUUUUUUUUUUUAUUGGCUACGCAAACAUUCUCAAGAUUCAACAAAUUAAGUUUUUUCAUUUGGUGAAUUGUUAAAAUUUACUUAGGAAAGCCUGUGAUGUACACAGUGUUCUUAACAUAAAGUUUAACAAAGAUGGGAAACCAGUUUUGUCAUCAUUAAACAUUAAGACCAAAUAUAAAUCAGCAUGAAGGUGAACAGUUGGCUCCCAUUUACAACCACAAGCAUCACUUGGCCUGGGCUCUGUGAUGACAUCUUACGUGGGCGUGUAUCAGUCCAGCUCUUGGUGGAAACUGGAUGUAGUGGCCGGAUGUUCGGAAGGUCAUUCCCAGGACACCAGAAAAGGCGCUUCCUGCCAAUGUUAUUCAUCAGUUUUGUCCUCUGAGACGCAUUCGUAGUUCCUUAUUUGUAACCAAAGCAUGCUUUUUGGUUUUAUUUAGUUUAUUUAGAAACAAAAUAUAGUGAACUUUGAACAUGGGAGCAUAAAGUUAAAGUGGCAAAAAUAAUAAAAGUUUGGAACUCCCCAAGUUAUAGAAAAAAUAACCUUUCUGAAAGGUUUUUGUAAAUGCUCUUGUUGCUGAAGCAUUUGUGGAACCCGAUAAAGCGACAAUGCAAAUUCCUCAAUAUACUGAUUAUAGAUUGAUUGGAAAACAGCUAACAGGGUCAACAAUGUCUGUAAAAUAUUGUCAGCUUUGUUUGUCUCCCAGUUAUAUGAAGCUUGUGUUACUGUAUGAUGACUGUAUAAAGCAUAUAUGUGUUUUUUUGUUGUUGUUUAAUUCUGCCUCCAGUCGAACCACAAAAUAUGAAGAGUUCCUCCAGAAAGAUUUAAGAAGAUGGUAAAACACUUAUUUUCUAAAUUCUCAAUGAUAGAACAAUACUGUAAAUGGGAAGAAAGUAUAAAUUAUAAUUUUUGCAGUUGGACAUUAAAUUUACAGCAUCAGUCACAAGUUUAUGCAUGACUGAUUUUCAUCUAAAGCGGGUAAAAUAAUAAAUGUUUAUUAAAUGUGCUUCAUACAGAUGACUUUUUAGAUUUUUCUUUCAAUAACCACAAUUUUAAUUUCAUUAUUCUUUUCUUAAAAUUGUCAGAAGAAAGAGUAAUUACUUCAUCUUAUAUGUUAAAGGACCUUAUUGUUAUUUUAAAAUGAUAGAAAUUUGCAGCAUUAAACAAAAAUCUGAUAGCACAAAUUCUAUCAAGAUGACUGAAUCUGGGGAAACCUGAAAAGUUGUACUCACCUUUUUACAAACGCAAAAGAAAAAUUAAGGGAAUAUAAGUAUGUUUCUCUAAAUUUGCCUCUGAAGUGUAAUUUUGUUUCUGUCGGAAAUAAUUUCAUUCUCUUGUUUUAGUUUUUUUGAGAACAGUUAACCAUUUCUUUUUCAGUUUUUAUAUUUGUACUGAAAUGUUCAAAUAUAAUUAAAAAUAUAAAUAUUUUUAAACAGUACACAUAAUUUCCAAGAAAAAAUAAUUCAUUGUAAAGACUUAUUUAAAAUUUCCCAGUUGUGUUUUGAGAAAAUUUCUGAUCAUUUAUCCUGUCCUUGUUUAUAACUUUGGGAGUUUUAUUAAAUGAUGUUGGCACACAUACUGAAGCUGUACCCACCAAACCUAAAGACUUUUGCAGCUGUUUGAACAAUUAGAGUAUCAUCAUGGACAUGAGCAGAACAUUUCUGCUGCACAAACAUUUCUUAUAAAUUCUUUGAUACUUUGCUUCCAGUAAUCAAUCAGAAUCUGUUUUAAAUGGUUCCAAAAUUGGUAAUUUUUCACCUGGUCAUCCUGUAGGUUCAAACUUUUUUUUCCCCCUUAUGUCACAUUGUUUCUGUUUGUGUCCUAUUCUUACUUUUUGCUUGUGACUUGGUCUUAGUUUUUCUGGUAAUCUUGGUGGUUUUGUUGCUGUGCAGCUUAAUUGCAUUUCAAGCCUGUCGGUUUGUCUCACUCAGGCAUCCGUCCUCAGAUGUACAUAAUCCAUGUUUUUGCUUUAUGUGUAUGAAAAAAUAUCACCAUAAGCUGUUCCUUGUACUUUUCUGUGAAAUAAAUAGUUUUUUAAUCACA